CCCCGCCCCCCGGUUGCUAUGGCGACGCGGCGCUUGGCUGCAACACGGAGGGCCGGGUUGAAUUGCGAUUUACUGUACAAUGUCGGCCAGGAGCAGCGUCGUCGCCAGCGGCAAGAGGCGGUCGGGAAAGGUGGACAAGCAGAAGAAGGAGGAGGAACGCAGGAGGCAGGAGGAAGAGGAGGCCCGCAUACGGAAGGAGCAAGAGGAGGCGGAGAGGCAUGAGAGGGAGCGGCUGGAGGUGGAGGAGAGGGAGCGGCUGGAGGCCAAGGAACGCGAGCGCCGUGACGGUGAACUGGCGGAGCUGAGCGAGGCCCUGCAGGCUGUGUGGCUCAGCACAACGCAGGCGGACAGCCAGCGGAGAGCCAGCGCUCAGUGGGAACGCUACAUGCGUUGCGACGGCACCCCGGACCCGAGCGAGGCGAAGGAGAUCAACACCUUCCUGAGCCUCUGGGCCGAGAGUGCCCCGCGUGACGUCGCCACGGCGCUACGGGAGUGCAGCACCGCCCUGGACCUAAUUGAGGAGCUGGAGUUUGUUCUGGCUGACACGCCGGACAGAGUUCUCAAUGUGCAGACCGUGUCGCGGCAUCGCCACUCCAUCCUGCAGCUGCAGGAGAUCAUUGCCAGCAAGCUGGACCAGGUCACCCAUCACCUGCUGAAGUGUGCAAGCAAGGACGCCGACCUCGAGACAGGCAACCUCCAGACGGUGGUGGAGAGCUCCUUCAUGACCCUCAUGCUGUGGGCAAACGUCAACAAGAACCCGAGGUUUAAAGGCUACGAAUUUGCGGAUCGGGGCGUGGGCUUCGAGCUGCCCAGGCCGCUGGCCGCUUGCCCGGUCGCCGUGCGCAUCCUGUGGACCCGCUACGACCACCUCACAACCGCAACAACGACGACGGACGCCGUUCCCGCCGGACCAGCCGCCGAUCCGGCUGAACGAUCGGACGCGAGACCGCGGACGGGAGACGCAACGGUGGCGCCGCGGGAGAAGGAGCGGCGGGAGGAGGAGGGAGACGAGCAGGAGGGGAAGGAGGAAGGGGAGGCCGCCGUUGACGAUGGUGGCGGAGGAGGUGGAGCGGAGGAGCCGAGCGCGCAGGCAGAGGAAGGUGCGGCGCAAAUUGAGAGGCGCAAGAGUCCAAUAAGCACCUCAUCACAGGCGGAUGAUGAGAAGGUUGCUGGGACAGAGGAGGAGACGGAGGAGGAGGGGAUCACCGUGGUGGAGACGGACCGAGCUGCACCUCCAGAGCUGCCGGUGCAGCAGCAUGGUGGGACGAUGGGGAGCGACGAGGUGGACUUGAGACAGCAGUGGCCUCUCUGCGGAGUCCUCUACGUGGAUCUCCUGGAGCUGCCUCCGCAGCCCACGCUCAUCAGUGGCUGGACCAUCACGCAGGAGCUAGAGGAGGAGGGGGGCCUGCGGUCAUACCCCUACCGUGGCGGCGACGCGGCAACGCAAAGGGGGGCCCCCUCGGCGGGUGAUUCCCGGGGGGCCGGCGAGGAGCACGACACGGAGGGGGAGCCGCGUGACCCCCCACUGGGGGUCACGGUGGCCGUGCCGCCCUCGCUCGUGGUGUUCGAGGCUCCGCAGGUCGCCCGUUGGGACCCACAGAGACAGCGCUGGCGGACGGAUGACGUGAGCGACGUGACGUACGACGAGGCCACCAGGAAGCUGGCCUUCCGGCUGGCGACACCGGGGCCCGUGUGCCUCCUGGCGGACGCCCACGUGAACAUGCCCUACCACGGCUGGGAGCUUCGCUCGACCGGGCCCCAGCGGGUCUUGUUCACCGUCAUGGCCGCCUUUGUCGACGUCGAGUUCGAGAUACGGCCGGGCGAAUGCCGUCUGUGUGAGCUGCCGGAGGAGGGGGGCGAGAGCAACACCCUGUCGUCUCUGCGCGGCGCGUGGAUGAGUCCUGCCAGGCUGCGCGACACCCUGCGACGACACGGCCUCAACGUCUUCCCCGGAGCGCACUCGGACAAAUACGUGGCCGUCAACGUAAAGGACGCGCAGGCAGAGAGCAGGGCCUACGAGCAGAUGGCCCUGCUGGUGUCAACCUUCUCCUUCUCCUGGAGCCGAUGGAAUGCGACCAGGGGUGCUCACCAGCUCGUCAUGCAGGUGCGCGAGGGCGAGGAGGCCGCCGCCGGCGGCGCCGCCUGGGGCCUGCUGCUGGUGACGGCCGAGCGGUCGUGCCGGCUGCGGAUGCCCGAGUCGGCUCCGGCCUUCACCGACGAGCUUCCCGAUGGCGCCGAGCUUCACUCCACGCUGUGCCACGCGCUGCUUGCCCAGCGCGAGUCCACUCCCACGGAAAUGCGAGCCGCCGCCACGGCCGCGCCGGCGCUGACGUCCACCCUGCGCCAGCUGCUUGCCUCCACCAGGGUCCUCUCCUACUGCUAGUGGCCGACGCUCGUGGGGUGGUUCCACACACACACACACGGUGUUUUUCUAUAUAUAUAUGUUUGCUUGUGGUAACCUGAACGAACUUAACUAUUUUUUAUUUUACCAGGUAAGGGUACACUGAGCUAUAUGAGCUCUUUUUUCAGAAGCGACCUGGAUAUCACAAAUGAUAGCUCAACGAAGUGGAUUAUCAUCAUCAUCAUCGUGUGGAAAUGUAGAGCAGACAAAUAAAUACUCUCAACGCGAGACGUUGAUUCUAAAUGUGGAGGGGAAAACCUGGAUAUCACAAAUGAUAGCUCAAGGAUGUGGUGGCUUAUCACAUCGAAAUUUGCAGCAGCAAAAGACUCUAAACGCGUGACAUUGAUUCUGAAUGCAGAGGGAAAAAACCGGAGGACCCGGAGACAAAUCCACACGACCACAGGGAGAUGCAAACUCAAGAUAUAAAGGAAUCAGGGUUGUGAUCAAACCCACGACCUCCUGCAUACCUGGCAAGGUAGUGAACAUUUAGAGUCAACAUCACGUUUUCAGAGUAUCUGGCUGCUGUUAUAAAUUUCCACAUGAGCCACUUCUCUCUAGCUAUCUGUGAUAGCCAGGUCGCUUUUGAAAAAUAGCUCAAGUAUAGUUCAGUGUGGGGCCUUACCUGGUAUAAUAGAAACAUAGCUAACUCGCUCUCGAAGAGAGGGGACACCUCAGAGGUGCAUGGAGGAACCACAGAUGAGCGGGAAGGCAGCGAAACGAUGAGCCGGCACCUACAAUCGCCCAAGUUACCUACCCCUGUGAUCAUCAUCAUUAUCGUCGCCAUCAUCGCAAGCAGCAGCAGCAGCAGCCAUGAUUCUGCGACGUAACAAUCCAGCCACCACAAUCCAGCCACCACAAGAGCCGAUUUCAUCACUUCAUCUCCAAGGUAGCCGUCCUCUCGGACAUGUUCCAUUCCUUGGCUGCCACUCCGUUUUUUACUCUUGACCAUUUGUUAUCAUCUACGUCCCUUCUGGCCAUGACGCAUCCUGCCCAAGCCCCACUCACUUUGCGUUAACGGUUUGGAUGUCAUUAAACAUUUUCCGUUCCGAUGA